AUGACCAACAUUACAGUCGGCACCAUCGACCCCAAAAAGACAUCGACAGAGCCAAAACCUAAAGCAAACAUUGCAUUGCGACCUUAUUUCGCAGACACUGAUAAAAAAUUCGUGCAGUAUCUAUUCUACUCUACAUAUUACAACCUUGUUCCUCAAGCUGUGCGCAUCCGAGUCAAAUCACCCAUCGUUCUCGGUAUUUGGAUAGCUAUCUACGCUUACCUGGUAACAGUGAUCCCUGCAACUAUUGGCAAACUAGGCUGGUCCAAGAAUUUACUGAUAGGUAUUCAGAUCUUGGUGACAUUGGUUGUUUUCGGCGGUGGGCUGAUUGGGUUGCUGUGGUAUACUGACAAAUUCGACAUUACCAACCGUGUUGUGGAAGGCAUCGAGAAUGAUUUGAAGGAACCUGAUGUGUAUUACCGUGGUGCUCCAGGCGAUGUGCGCAAAGGUAACUUUUGGGUGUUGACGUUGAAUGAUGAGGUUGUGGGCUGUAUCGGUAUGGAUCACACACCCAAGCCCGUUAUCGACAAAUCCGCCAAAAGCUCAGUCUACGUGCGUGCCUCUGAGCGUCCUCGUGCAGUUGAUGCUCCUGAGAUCCAUCAAGCUGAAUGGAAGAAAACUGCAAUGAUCAUGGCUAGAGCUGAUGAUCUGAUCCGUCUUACUUUGGUUGGUGUCUUUGAUGUUGCUAGAGAUUUGUACUUUAAAUUCAAGAGCAUUUCCCCAGCUGAUGUGAAUAGCAAGAACGAGGCUAAGGAAAAGGUAUUGUUCGAGGCUCAUAAGCCUAAUGAAGCAAGUGUGCGUCGUUUGGCUGUCAAAUUGGAGUGCCAAAACCAUGGAUUAUCUACAGUGCUCUUGAAGAGAGUUGCUUUCUGGGCUCAUGCUCACCAAAUUGAGUAUCUUUACGCUGAUGUAGACGAACUUCAAUCCAAGUUGGGUGAAAUUUUAGUCAAGAGACAUGGAUAUACUUUGGUUUCUAAAAAGAAGGAGGGUUUCUUCAAGACCAAAACCACCUACAGAUUAGAUGUCAAGCUGUGGAUGAGUAAAGAGCUGGAAAGACGUGCUGAAGAAAAGAUCCUUGAGGAUCAAAAGAAAGAGGACGAAGAGCUUAAAGAGUACGAGUAA